CGCAGCCACCACCCGCUCCCCGCCCGCCGCUCACCGCCGCACCGCUGCCCCCACAGAAGCCGCUGCCGCCCUCACCCUCAGGUGCCGCCUCAGGCGCCGCCUCAGACGCCCCCGCGCCCGCCCCCAGCCGCAGAAAGGCGCUGCUUCGCGGCCCGGUGCGCGUCCACGGCGGCUGCCUGGCCCCGCCAUGGCGCGGAGACGGCGCUUUUCGCCACUGGGCGGGCGCCCUCCUGCAGUUAAAGCUGGAGGUAUGAGAGUGUCUAAAAAGCAAGAAAACGGACCUGUUGAGAAAAAGGCUAAACCUCCAGGAAAAGAAAAAACGAGUGCUAUUGCCAGUUUUUCAGAGACUCAGAACAUGGGUGUAUUGCUAGCAGAAGUGCUGAGCAAAAUGAGCUACAAAAUUCAUGCAGCAGCAUUACAAGUGGCUCACCAAAAGCCACAGCCUGCCUUGGAGAAGUUCAUACUGCCUAAAAGAAUUUACAUUAUUCAACAGCCACGGAAAUUUUAAGAUACUCAUUAAAAUACUCAUGUUUACUUAAAAGAAAUCCAGCUCCACUGCAGAGAUUCCUCUGUUGGGAUCCAGACAGUAGGAGGAACCAAGUGAAAACAGACUAUUUGUGUGAACCCCUGUGGGAUUUAAGGUUGGUAGAAUGGGAUACGAGGCUGAAAAGUGAUGAGACUGAGCAUGGACUGGUAAUAGUUGUAAAUACAAGUACAGGAAGUAUCCUUGAGCCUUGCUUGCUUAUACUAUCAGCAAAAGACAAUAGAAAUAGUUGGUCCUGCCCAGUCCAGAGGAUAAUACUCUCCUACUGCUGCUAGUUGGUUGCAUAGCUCAGGUGACUUCUUGUUCUGAAAUUAAUUCUGCUGGGACUGUUUUGUUGUUUUUUUUUUAAGGUAGUGAUUGCAGAUGAAUAUGCCACUAAAACUGUAGUCAAGGAGUCCAAAUAGACUUAAUAUGAAAGGUGAUGCUUAAAAAUGUUUUAUUGUCAAUGAGGCUUAUUUUUAUAGUGUGGUUUCCACAUGACUACAGUGGAAAUCUAUUACAAACAUAUGAAACACACUCCCUCUUAAAUAGAGGGAUCCCAGGUGGGUGACCCAGAAUUAGUGUUACCAUUUAACAUGAAUAUCUGUUUCAUUUCAUCCAUCCAUAAAAUGUAAAUAACUUUAUAUGUUCAUUAAAGAUUAAAUUGUGAUCACAGGAGGUGGUGAUUAGUAGUUAUGUGCAAUAAAUAAUUAGGUUACAUCUUGAAUAAGUAGGAAAAAUUAAAAUAGUGCUGCUCCUCUGAAGAUGACUGUUUUUUCUCCCGUGUUCCUUAACUGGUAGCUACUUGUAAAAAAUUGUCACUGUUAUCCUGGACAACUACAGCAAUAUACUUUAUGGAUAUUUAAGUUGUAGGUAUGGGAUUUGGAAAACAGCUAGUUCUGCUUUUUAUAUAUAGCACACUUUCUACUCUCCAGGUUGACUGUAUAUAAAUGAAUAUCAAUAUGAAUGUAAAUGAU